AUGUCGAGACCAAGACGGCGCUUGGCGUCGGUUGCCGUCAAGAAGUUCCGACGCGCCGAUUAUCUCAAGUCGUUCGAGGCCGAAGUCAACGCCCUCCUUGCGUGCCCGUCGCCGUACCUCGUGCGCCUGGUGGCUAUUGCAGACCGCAACUCCAAGACGCCAGCGCUGCUCUUCGAGUACAUGGACGGCGGCAGCCUUCGGACGCACCUCGACCAGAAGCGCACCAACAAGUCCACGGCAGCGCACGUGACGAACCUCCACGUGGCGUGGGUCGUUGCCAACGCCUUGCGAGACCUGCAGGCCAAGAAUGUGAUCCACCGCGACGUCAAGAGCGACAACGUCCUCUUGAGCUCGAGCGACGAGAUCAAGCUCGCCGACCUCGGCUUGGCACGACCCGAGGCAACGAGUAUGACAGUAGCGCCUGGUACACGGCUCUGGAUGGCGCCCGAGAUCCUGCAGGCGGAUGGUGCUGGCUACAGCUUUCCCGCUGAUAUCUACGCUUUUGGCGUGCUUCUCACGGAGCUCGCCACGUGUCAACUGCCGUACUUUGACCAGGACGUCCAAGACCCGAUCGCAUUAGUGCGCGGUGUCAUCAACGGCACUCUUCGCCCGACGCUGACGACCGAAUGCGAGCCGUGGCUGAGACAACUAGCAGAAAUGUGCCUGCGUGGUGACCCGAACGCACGCCCGACAGCCGCGACUAUCGUCGAGAAGCUGAGCAAUGAGAUGGCGGCUGGUUCGCCACCAGCAACGAACGUCGCGCAGACAUACCUGCUCGCUGUGGCACAGGACGACGUCGACACGGUGGCGCGGCUGCUGACCCAUGGCGUACCACUGGACUGGAAGCUGCCGGGCGGCGCGUCACUGCUUUUGGCGGCAACAGCGGCGCGUGCCACCAAGACGGUGAAGCUCCUUCUGGACCGCGGCGCCAACGUCAAUGACCCGAGCGGUGGCCAAACGCCGCUGCACGCCGCAGUGACCAAGUAUACCGAGGAUCUCGUUCUCAUUUUGAUCGACGCGGGGGCGGACGUCGAAGCACGGGAUCAAGAUGGAAGAACUCCUCUGGCGUUUGCCCUGAAACAACAAGUCGAGCCAUGCGUGACGGCGCUUCUCGCCACGGGGGCCAACGUCGAGCGUCUUGAGGAGGACGGAUGGGAGCUACUCGACAUGGCCAAACGGAGCGAGCGUCUCGCUGAUCUUGUGCGGAUGCUUCAGAUCGCUGCGUCCCGGGAAGAAAACGUUGACAAGCCCGAGAUCCUUUGCGUUCAAUGCGGCAACUGGCACGCCGUUGACGCCGUACUAUGUUCAUGUGACCACAACGCUUCGCUGACGGACCGCAUGGUCGCGGUGGUCCGGCGCUUGAUGCGGCUGCACCAUCGCGGCUACCCCGUCGACUGGAUGCGAAUUUGCAUUUCGAAGUCUUGCCACGAGUCGACAAUGACAAUCGUCGAGAUGAUCUGCCCCGAGUGCGGCACGGCGUCGCAGAAGAGUGAGCUCCAGAUGCUAAACUUUCGUCUCAAGAAUGCUCUGAAACAACCGAUGGUACACGUCGUUAAAGCUGAAACAGAAGUCUGA